UGAGGAUGAUGUGAUAGACACCACAGAAACCAAUGGAGAAGAGCAUAAGAGUUAUUUAGAGCAGGUUAUGUACCAGACACCUGUGCCCAGUGGUGAAGUGUACUUCUCUGAGACAUUUGAUGAUGGAUCUUUGGAUAGGUGGGUCCUCUCUAAAACCAUGAAGGAAGAUGUCGAUGAAGACAUAGCUAAAUAUGAUGGUGAGUGGGAGGUAGAAGAACUGAAGGAAAACAAGUUAUCAGGAGACUUGGGACUUGUCCUGAAAUCCACCGCGAGGCACCAUGCCAUUUCAGCGAAACUAACAAAGCCUUUUGUCUUUGAAACUAAACCUCUAAUUGUACAGUACGAGGUGAAUUUUCAGGACGGCAUUGAUUGUGGGGGCGCAUAUAUCAAACUUCUGUCUCAUUCCAGCGAUCUGAAUCUGGAAGAAUUCCAGGACAGAACCGCAUAUACAAUUAUGUUUGGUCCAGACAAGUGUGGAGAAGAUUAUAAACUGCAUUUCAUCUUCAGACAUAAAAACCCUCUAAUCGAAGAUUAUGAUGAGAAACAUGCAAAACGGCCUGAGGUUGACCUGAAGAAAUUCUUUACUGACAAGAAGACACACCUCUAUACUUUAAUUCUAAAGCCAGACAACACAUAUGAAAUGCUGGUAGAUCAAACAGUUGUUGGCCAAGGAAGUCUUCUGGAAGAUGUCAUACCACCUCUGAAUCCACCUAAAGAAAUAGAUGAUCCAAAAGACAAGAAACCUAAGGAAUGGGAUGAACGCCCCAAAAUCCCUGAUCCUAAUGCUGUGGAGCCAGAAGACUGGGAUGAAGGGGGUCCUGUUAAAAUAGAGGAUGUGAAUGCUGUGAAACCAGAAGGCUGGCUGGAUGAUGAGCCUCAUCUGGUACCUGAUCCAGAGGCUCAGAAGCCAAGCGACUGGAAUGAUGAGAUGGAUGGUGAAUGGGAAGCUCCUCUGGUUUCCAACCCGAAGUGUAAGAGUGCACCUGGAUGUGGAGAGUGGGAACCCCCACUUAUAGACAAUCCUAACUACAAAGGACCAUGGAAGCCUCCUAUGAUUGAGAACCCUAAUUAUCAGGGAAUUUGGAAACCACAUAAAAUCCCAAACCCACAUUAUUUUGAGGACCUUAAUCCAUUUAGAAUGACACCUUUCAGUGCCAUUGGUUUGGAACUGUGGUCAAUGACUUCUGAUAUAUAUUUUGACAACUUUAUCAUCUGUACAGAGAAGGAAGUGGCUGACCGUUGGGCUUCCGAUAGUUGGGGACUGAAAAAACUGGUGGCCAGUGCCAAUGAGCCAGGCUUGAUUAAUCAACUCCUGAGUGCUGCAGAAGAGCGACCAUGGCUUUGGGGCCUUUAUAUCCUGACAGCUGCACUCCCUGUGGGUCUUCUGGUCCUGUUCUGCUGGCCCAGAAAGAAAAUUGAAGAAGAAGAUGAUGAUGCAGACUUUUCAAUGAGUGAUUUUCUAGAACCUGAUGAAACUGAUUUAGCUCUCCAGAAAAAUAUGAAGAAGGGGGAUUUAGAAGGCACUGAAGAUCACAAGAAGGCAGCACUGGACAAAGACAUUGGCGAAGAUAACAUAGAAAAUGAGGAGGAGGAUCUGAGUCAAGAAGAUGAAGAUGCUGGAGCCACAUUAAAUCAGUCCUCAGGGGAUGAGAUGAAAGAGGCAGACGAAGGGGCAGAUUCUGGAGAUCACUUAAAGAAAUCCCUCCGUAAAAGACGAGUACGGAAAGAUUAAGACUUCCAACAUAUUUAAAGGACUGUUAGAGCCGGUUUGCCAACGAGUAUAUGCUUGGUGACUCAUAAAAUACACGGACAAGGAACCACAUCUUACCUCUUGGUCCAAGACUUUGUGAAACCUAAGCAUUCCCGAUUCAUGUGCUUUUGUCAGAGAUUUCAAAUUUUUGUGUGCAUUAGUUUUCCUUGAGAUUUCAGAUACAUCCAGGUUUUGCGUUAUUAGACCGCUUAUUUCAGUUUCUAGUAGUCUUCAUGGCCGAUUCUUUCAUUCUAAAUGUUCUAGACAUUGACCAGUAGGGGGCACCAGGUAUUUUCACAUUGCUCUCCUGAAUGUGUUUGUUUCCUUACUAUACACUACAGUCUCUCUCCCCAUUAGAUGAGCUGCACACAUAAUGCUCUGCACUGAAUUUUAAUACCAUAAGAGCAUGUGAGGUGAUGCCAAGGCGGACGAGUUGC